CUUCUUCUUCUUCUUCAUUCCAAGUGAAGUGGGUUGCUUCUGCGAAUGACUGAUUUGUUGUGAGUUGAACGAGCUUAUUGUUGAAUGGAGUCCAAGAUUUGCAUGAAUUCCUAUUGUGGAGCUGCUAUCACCCAUGAAUGGAAGAAGGGUUGGCCUCUGCGAUCUGGUGGCUUUGCUCAUCUCUGCUACCCUUGCGGCUCUGCCUACGAGGAUGGCGUCUAUUGUAACACGUUCCACUUGGAGGAAUCUGGCUGGAGGGAGUGCCGUCUAUGCGGCAAUCAUCUUCACUGUGGUUGCAUAGCCUCCAAAUAUCUUCUUGAUUUCCUAGAUUAUGGUGGUGUUGGAUGUAUCAGCUGUCCAAAGAGCUCCCAACUUCAUCCAGUUAAAAGAAUUCAGACACAUGGUGAUGAAAUUUCUGAAGGAUUUGGAGCAGUGCCAAUGAGUAAUAUCAGAUCCAGUGCUACUGAAGGUAAAGCAGUUAGUGAUCAUGUUGACGAGAUAAAACUUGCACAAUUGUGCAAACCCAUGGAGGCUAAUGAGUGCAACCUCUUGCCUCAAUCUCAGAGAGUUGAUGCAAAUGCAUCUCAUGGGCAAAACAGAGGAGAGGAAGUCAUAUGCACCAUUGAGAAAGUAGGUGUGGGUUGUUCAAAUGCUAUGCAACCAAAUGCUCAACCGGCUAACUUUGCAAAAAUAGACAAUGCCAAACCAGCUUUGGACAUUAGAGAUAUUCACGAUUCACUUCCACAACCUUAUUUGAGUAUGUCCUUGGGAGGACCUUCUGGGAAUCCCAGUCUCUUACUACCUUUCUCCAGUGGGAUACCUAAUGGAAAAGAACCAAGCAAAACAUGGUCCACUUUUCAACAAGGGCAGCAAUCUCGUCGAAUACUACCCAAACCCUCAAAAAAUGGUCCAACAACAAGUUCAGAACGGAAUAAGGGCAUGGUUCCUCAGGCACGUAUCACAAGGCCACCGGUUGAGGGGCGUGGGAAAAAUCAUUUGCUUCCUCGGUAUUGGCCCAGGAUUACUGACCAAGAGCUACAGAAACUAUCUGGAGAUUUGAAAUCUGCCAUUGUGCCACUAUUUGAGAAGGUUCUCAGUGCCAGCGAUGCUGGUCGAAUUGGUCGAUUAGUGCUGCCAAAAGCAUGCGCUGAAGCAUAUUUUCCUCCAAUUUCACAAUCAGAAGGCCUUCCUCUAAGGAUUCAAGAUGUAAAUGGGAAAGAAUGGACAUUUCAAUUCAGAUUUUGGCCAAAUAACAAUAGUAGGAUGUAUGUCUUGGAGGGUGUAACGCCAUGUAUACAGUCCAUGGAACUCCGAGCAGGCGAUACUGUUAUAUUUAGUCGAAUAGAUCCUGGAGGUAAAUUAAUUAUGGGGUUCCGAAAGGCAACAAACUCUGAUACACAGAUUCCUAAAGGAGGCAAGGAUCUACAUGUAAACAAUCUGUCUGAACAUUGGGGUCUCCCUGAUGGAAAUGCUAGUCUGGGUAGAGAUGAGAACCAUGGACAUGGGGAAAAUGGGAAUUCAGUGCAGCAACUUGUUGCGAACGGAGAGAAGAAGAGGACUAAAAACAUUGGAUCCAAAAGUAAAAGGUUACUGAUGCAUAGUGUAGAUGCAUUGGAGUUAAGACUCACAUGGGAAGAAGCACAGGACUUGCUUCGUCCACCCCCAAGUGUCAGGCCUAGCAUUGUGACUAUUGAGGACCAUGAAUUUGAAGAAUAUGAUGAGCCCCCCGUUUUUGGAAAGAAGACUAUAUUUGGUGCCCUUCCAUCUGGGAGACAGGAGCAAUGGGCCCAGUGCGAUGAUUGCUCCAAAUGGCGAAGGUUACCCAUUGAUGUUCUCCUCCCACCAAAGUGGACAUGUUCAGAUAAUGUUUGGGAUUCAAGCAGGUCUGCAUGUUUUUCACCAGAGGAGAUUAGCCCAAAGGAACUGGAGAAUAUUCUCAAAGUGGGUACAGAUUUGAAGAAGGCAAAAGUUCUAGAAAGCCCUAAGCUAGCCCCAGAACCUGAGCCUUCAGGCUUGGAUGCUCUGGCAAGCGCUGCAGUUCUAGGUGACAAAAUGGGCGACGUGGAGGAGUCUUCAGUUGCAGCAGCUACAACAAAACACCCUAGACAUCGCCCUGGCUGUACCUGCAUUGUUUGCAUUCAGCCUCCAAGUGGGAAGGGAAAGCACAAGUCAACAUGCACUUGUAAUGUAUGCUUGACAGUAAAGCGCCGGUUUAAAACACUUAUGCUGCGGAAGAAGAAACGCCAAUCAGAACGUGAAGCAGAAAUUUCCUGGAAGGAUGAUAAGAGGCAAAUGGAUAAAACAGAGGCGAAGGACACAAGAAAUGAUCAUUCAGAAAACAAAGCAAGUCAAAGAGGGAUUGAAGGUGAGGUAGCUGAGGCCAUCACUGGACAAAUAGACCUGAAUUGUGAUCCCAAUCGUGAAGAUGUACAACUUGAAGGAGAAGGAUCAAAUAUGAUGAGUCUUGUUGAAGCUGCCAGCAUGCCAGUAGAAAAUCACACCAAGCAAAAUACGGUUUCAACCUUAAAUAGUGAGCAACAACAACAAGAGGGUAGCCUUGUGUCCCAUUUGCAGUCAAAAGCUAGUAAAGAGAAUGAGAUACUCCUCUCCGAUGAAGAGUUUCUUGUAUCGGUUGGAUGGAAGUGUGCAGGACAUGAGGAGCCAAACACGGAGAGAAAUGGUCUUCAAUGAAAAUAUCAUCCACAGAUUUUCCGAUCUUUCUAUUUUUCCCUUUACAGGUAUAGUGGUUCUGUAGGUGUUAGCCUCGUAUCUUCACAACAAACAUAAACACUGCAGUAAACCUUGUUAAGCAAGUUACCUGCAUACCAAGUAAAUGGUGUUAGGUGGUUCCUCUCUCUCUGUCGCUUUCCACAUUUGUUAUGGCAGCCUCAGGUUGUCUAGUUAUGUAUACAUACCGCUGGUGCUAGAUGGUGGCUGUGUUUUGGUUUAUCAACCA